AUGGGUACCAUUGUAGCCAUAGCUUUAUGUGUUAUUAUCAAGCGCCUAUUCCCUUCGAAGGACAUUUGUACUCUGAACAAUGGAGGUUGUGAUGUAAACGCCGCUUGUUCACACGAUAACCAGACAAAUGCAGUCAGAUGCACCUGUAAAACUGGUUAUAACAACACUGGUAACGGUUCUAAAGUUGUCUGCACAGACGGUUGUACUUUCAACAAUGGAGGUUGUGAUCUUAACGCCGUUUGCUCGCUGAAUGCUACGAUAAAUGGAAUAAAGUGCACUUGUCGACCUGGCUACACCAAUACCGGCAGAGGCGUCAAGGUUAUAUGCACCGAUAGUUGUACGGUCAACAAUGGAGGUGAUGACCCGAACGCUAUUUGCGCACGUGAUCCCAGGACAAAUGCUGUGACAUGCAACUGUAAAGUUGGUUUUACUAACACUUGUAGUGCGGUGAAAGUUGUCUGCAAAGAUAGUUGCAGUAUCAAAAAUGGAGGUUGUGAUUCAAACGCCAUUUGCUCACAUGAUGCCAUGACAAAUGCAGUGAUUUGCACAUGCAAAGCUGGUUAUACCAAUAAUGGUAGCGUAGCGAACGUUGUGUGCAAGGAUAGUUGUACUGUGAACAAUGGAGGUUGUGGCUCAAACGCCAUUUGCUCACAUAAAGCAAUGACAAAUGCAGUGAGUUGCACAUGCAAAGCUGGUUAUACCAAUACUGGUAGCGUCGUGAACGUUGUAUGCAAAGAUAGUUGUACUGUAAACAAUGGAGAUUGUGAUCCAAAAGCCAGUUGCUCACAUAAUGCUGCGUCAAAUGCAGUAAUUUGCACUUGUAAAGCUGGUUAUACUAACGCUGGCAGCGCCAUGAACGUUGUAUGCAAAGAUAGUUGUUCUCUGAACAAUGGAGGUUGUGAUUCAAACGCCACUUGCUCACAUGAUGUUGCGACAAAUGCAGUAAAAUGCAUCUGUAAAACUGGUUAUACAAACACUGGUAGCGGCGUGAAAGUUGUAUGCAAAGAUAGUUGUACUGUUAACAAUGGAGGUUGUGAUCCAAAUGCCAAUUGCUCACAUAAUGCUACGACAAAUGCAGUGAAAUGCACCUGUAAAAGUGGUUAUACGAACACUGGUAGUGGCGUGAGAGUUGUAUGCAGAGAUAAAUGCACUCUAAACAAUGGAGGUUGUGUUUCGAACGCCGUUUGCUCUCAUAAUGCGGCGACAGAUGCAGUAAAUUGCGCCUGUAGAGCUGGUUAUGUUAACGCUGGAUCGGCAUCGAGAAUGAACUGCACAAGUACGGUAUCUAUGUCGUAG